AUGCCUUUCCGAAAGCGCCUGAAAGACUUAAAGGCGACUCUCCGUCCACCAAAAAACUCCAGUCUGAAUGUUUCUCAAGAUACCAGCACUGCAUCGUUGGUUUCACACAAUACUCCAGUCGCUAAUGAGAGUUCUUCGAUCAUUCCCGAUCCAGUUCCUCUAAGACUUGAAGGUCUGUGGAAGAAGGCUUACCUAGAUCUCCAAGCCAAGAGUCCAGAGCUACUUGCCCAGUAUGAAAGGAUCGUCCUGUCGAGCGCGGAAUCGGAUACCUUGAACAACGAAAAGCGAGAAAAUACUGACAUUGAUCCUCGACUCGAGUAUUGCGUAAAAGGGCGCCUCGAAGCGAUCGAAAAGUCACGGCUUAAGAUAUGCAUUAGAGGAAGAGAGAUCGAGGUCAGAAAACAAGUUCGUCGCGUCGUUGGGGGAAUUCUGUCUGUGAAAGACGUUAUAACCGCUGCAGUGAGCGCAGAGCCACAUGCCUCUAUAGCAUGGGCAGGUGUUCUGUUCCUACUAGAUCCACUGGCCAAAUCAUUUCAUCAGGAUGAGGAAGCCAUGAGCGGAUUUCAGGCUGUAUCAGAUCUGAUGGUUCGAUAUGCAUUUCUGGAGAAAAGCCAGGCCAGAAUAUAUUCGACUUCUGCCUCCAAAGUAGCCGAAUCGCCCCAGCAUCUUGCAGAGUUGGUGAGAUCCAAGACCGUCGAGCUAUAUAUUCUUAUACUUGAGUACCACAUGUGUUUUGCUACGCACUUCAAUCAUUCAGGGUACAGGCGAUUUUUGAAGGACUGGGUAGAUGACGAUAAAUGGCGCAACAUGCUCGAGUCGAUAACGCGUCUUGAUGGAAAGAUUCGCCAGGAUUUGACAAUAUUCGUUGGCGACGAUAUCCAAGCGAUCUUCAAAGAGUUGGAGAAUUCACAGCAAGUGGUGAUAGACUCACUCUCUGUAUUAAAGGAAAGCUUCAAGGAGGCCAAGCAAAAGGAACUUCUCGACGACCUUCCAGUGGUCUCGAAGGCAAAGUUUGGAUCCUUUGACGAUGGAAACAAAUCAGAAUGCCUCGAGGGCACGAGAACGGAGAUACUUCGUGAAAUUCAGUCUUGGGCCGAGUCUCCGGAUGACUCUCAAGUGUUCUGGCUCCGAGGAAUGGCAGGAACCGGCAAGUCUACAAUCUCCCGUACCUUUGCCGCUGCGUGCCAGCAGCGCAAGUCGCUUAUACCUCAUGGACCCUCUCUUCCGGCGCACCUCUAUCUUGGUGCUAGUUUCUUCUUCGAUAGAAGUGAGCCUGGGCGCAACACCGUUGAAAAGUUGUUUCCUUCUAUCUCCUAUGAGCUAGCAUCAUCAUUCCCAGAUUCCAGAGACAAGAUAUGCCAAGCAAUCUCGGAAAACCAAUUCAUCGGCACACAGAACUUGCGCAACCAGUGGCACAAGUUGAUUCUAGAACCACUUUUGACACUUGAAAAGGAGCUCCUCCUACCCGUGACACUGGUAUUGCUGCUAGAUGCACUUGAUGAGGCCGUGUCCGAGGACCCUAAGGAGACUGGAAACCCGGCCCAUGAUAUUGAAGGCGUCCUGGGGCUUCUGGCCACAGCUGGCAAGCUGCGAAAUAUUCGGUUGAAGAUUUUCCUCACUAGCAGGCCAGAGAUAUGCUCUCAGUUUCCUCAUGCUCUUUCUGAAGGAAUCAGUGUCAGAGACUUUGAACUCGAAAAGACUCCAAUGACAUUUGAAGCGCCCAACCUUCCGAAAGACGACAUAACCUUGUAUCUGGAGCAUGAGAUCAAGCAAAUUGCGUCCCGAGCCACCAUCAAGUAUCCUGAGUCGCAUGUAAAUUCUACCUGCUGGCUCACUCAGGAUGAUGAAAGGAGAAUCGCUCGUACUCUGGCAGAUAGAAGCGAUGGCUUGUUUAUUUAUGCAGCCACCGCAUGUCGCUUCUUGGAUGGGGUAGACGACUGGGAGGAUUUGCAAGCACGCAUGCGGGAGCUAUCUGCGGACGACUCGGGAGAAUCACCACAGGAGAUUCUGGAUCGGACGUAUAGUCAAGUUCUGAGUUACUCUGUUAUUCACAGUUCCAGGAAAACAAAGACUGAGAAGGCCAAUUUCUUUAGGCUUUUCCAACGAAUAAUCGGGGCCGUUGUUGUCCUAGCUGAGCCUCUCUCGAUUACAACCCUCGAAGACCUUUUAGGUUUGUCUUUGAGGGCAUCAAAACCUCAAAGAUUGUUGAGAAGUCUGAGCUCUGUUAUUUCGUGUGGGGAUAGUUUUGAAGCACCGAUCCGAUUGCUACACAUGUCUUUUCGAGACUUCCUUCUAGGCCAGCCUCAAAGGAGAUGUCUUUAUAACGAAUUCUGCAUUGACUCGAGAGAGGCCCAUAGAGUCCUCCUUGAAAGCUGCUUAAACUUGCUGUCGAGUACUCUGAAACAAGAUAUCUGUUCUCUUGAUGACCCAUCCUUCUUGGUCAAGGAUAUUGAUCCAUCUUUGCUGGACCAAAAAAUUCCAGUCUACGUCAGAUACGCUUCCCAAUAUUGGUCGCAUCAUCUCCAACAAGCUGGUCUCGAGCUGUCUGAUGAUGACUGUGUACAUCAAUUUCUGAAACAGAAUUUCCUGUAUUGGCUUGAGCUGAUGAGUAUUCUUCGAAUGAUACCGGCAGCUACACUCAACGUCAUCGAGCUUGAAAGUUGCUUUAAUGCCCUACCGCGCGAUGGGAGAGCCGGGAUUCAAGAUAUGAUAUCUGACAUGAAGCGUUUCAUGCUUUCAUCGAGGAAUGAAAUCGAAAACUUACCCCUUCAGGUCUAUCGUUCGGCACUCAUUUUCGCCCCGGAACAAAGCAUCUGCCGGAAAGCCUAUGGGAGUUUGAUUCCAAGUACCUUCUCCAGAUUGCCUAGAGUGAUAGACAAAUGGAAGCCUCUACUUCAGGAACUCUAUAACAAAGAUUCCGGUCGUUGCCUAGCCCUAUCUUCAGAUGGAAAAACUCUCGCUGUCCUGUGUGGGCCAUGGAAGCUCUCUAGGGUUAAUGUGUGGAAUAUAACUACGGGAACAUUGCUAUAUACGAUCGAUUGCGGUGGGUGGCCAGACUUUAUUGCGUUUCUUCCUGGCGACAAGCACAUUCUUUCCUCUGGGGUAUUUCAGGGUGUCCAAGUCUGGGAUAUAAGUUCCGGGAAGUUGCUCAAAAAGAUCCUUUCCUGGGAAGGCGAUUCCUCGGACGAUGAUAGGUGGGAAGCGCCUCACGAAGAUUCAUUGUCAUCUCUAGGGUGCCUAGCAAUGGUACACUGCAGUAGAAAGAGCAUUGGUUUGAUCUAUGCUACACAGGGAGAACUGGAGAUUGUUCAUGUACCCACCACUGUUAAUACCAUGGCAUGGACUCCAGAUGGAGCCGCCUUGGCAAUAUCUCUGACUGACGGUAGUAUAUUAUUCUGGGAUGCAAUUGAGUCCGUUUUUCUACUAUCGCUGAGCCAUACCUCAGGAAUUGGGAAGGGCCUCAAUAUGACAUUCUCGGCCACCGGUGAAUUGUUGACAGAAACACUAUUGAGUGAUUGUGUUUCAAUUAAGCUAUGGGAUUGGAGGACGAAAGCUUUGUUGCUGGAAAUAAUUGAUGAUUCGCUAGACUGGAGAGAUUGCCAGUCCCUCGACUCAGACACUAUCAUGCAUUUCUCCCCAAGUGAAAAGGUUGUAACAACCUGGCAUCGCUCCACAGGGCUUCAGAGAUGGGAUUAUGUGACUCGUCAACGCUUGGUGAGACUCGCUACGCCCGAUCCGAAAAUGCGCGUUAAACUCUCGCCAAACGGGAAGAUGUUUGUAGUUGCAACGAAACGGGCAGAUCGCACACCAAGCACUGAUCUUUUCGACUCGGCAACAGGCGAACUUCUGAUGAGCCUGAGAAGCAUCACAGAUUAUUCACGCGUUGUAUUCAAGUGGGAAAGUCGACUUCUCAUAUCCGCUGGUCUCGACAGAAUAGUUCGGAUUUGGGAUCUAUCUUCAGACUUGAGAUCGGAACAGCUUGCAGCUCCGCUAAAACCUGAGGGGAGGCUCAUCUUGUCUCAUGACCAUCAAUUUGUACUAUCGGCAUCCACAGACAAUAUCUGCCUUUGGGAGAAGAAAUCUGGCUCUCUUAGUCGGAAAGUCAACGAGAAAGAUACAGAAGGCAUUGCUGAAAUGUUUGGGCAGGUCCUGGUCAGGGGCUAUAAAGGAUCAAUCUUGACCAAUUUGAAGACGGCAACGGAGGGAAUGGACACCAAUCGGCCUUACGACAAUAUUGUCUUAGACCUUGUCCAAGGCUAUCUAUACAAUUUUCAGACAGAAGAUAUCAGUCCAAACGGCAAGUUUCUUGCGAAAGCUUCGGUCUCAAAGGAGAGUACUCAUUACGAAGACGAUAAUUUUUACAUCACAGUGUGGGAUAUAAUCACUGGCAACGUGGCUUGCACCGUCCCUCGCGGUUACAAACAAGAGCCUUAUUUGUCUUUCUCCCCUGACGGGAGGCUUCUGGCAAUUGUCCUUUGGAAUAGCGAUUCCAAAGCAAUAGCUCUAGAAGUAUGGGAUGUGAUUGACGAAGAGUGUCGACUUCAAUGGGAUACGUGUCAGGGCGAGAAAUUCGAUGCGAUAAAAAUUCUCUGGUCAGCCGACGGGACAAAAGUGGCAAUCAACUGUCCCAUCCUCUUCUUGAAGCAGGAAAACCGUGCCAUCAUUAUCCUUUGUGAUUUAGCGAAAAGCAAAACCAUACUUCUCGAAUAUCCGGGAGUCUGUGCUGCACUGUCCCCAAACGGAAGGCUGGUUGUUACCAGAGCUCGUGAUGGACGAGACCUCUCCUUAUGGGAAGUACUUGAAGACAGUCUAAAGCUGCUUGGCCAUCGCACCGAUAUGAACUUGCAUCAAUGGCCAAGUCCGUUACAUAUGUUGAAAUUUGAAGGCGAUGAGGUGAUUGUUACAGAUGAAAGUCGAAUUGAUGUUAGAUCAUUACUACCAAAUUGGGACUCAAGAACCAGUCGGCAAAUACAAUGGAAAGACGACUGGAUAAUUUAUGGGCCAGAAAAAGUUCUCCUUCCCUUGCAGUACAGACCGCGUGAUGUGGUUGUAACAAAAGACAAUGUUUUGGUUAUGAGGAGCAAAUCUGGUGAGGUUACAUUUUGGGAGUUCGCAGAUGAGGUGGCAGAGGGUUGA